GGAAUUUCGGAGUUGCGAUUCAGUCUUCCUGGUGCUUUUUCAUACUUCGCAGCUUUAAUUUGAAGACCUCUGUGUCAGCAGCCGUCAUCAUGGAUGUCGAGCUGUAUGUCUAUGACCUAUCCAAGGGUCUUGCGCGAAUGUAUUCGCUGGCCCUGACGGGAACGCAAAUCGAUGCCAUUUACCACACGUCGCUGGUGCUGAACGGCGUCGAGUAUUACUUUGGCCAGGGCAUCCAAACGGCCGUCCCCGGCAGUACUCAUCAUGGACAGCCCAUGGAGAAACUGCAUCUUGGAAAGACCGAGCUUCCUAUGGAUGUGAUUGAGGAAUACAUCCAGUCGCUUGCGGAAAUCUACACCCCUGAGUCCUACGACCUCUUCUUGCACAAUUGCAACAACUUCACGCAGGAUCUGGCCAUGUUUGCUCUCGGCAAAGGUAUCCCUGAGCAUAUUCAAAACCUGCCGCAGACCUUCCUGAGCACCCCUUUUGGGCAAAUGAUGAAGCCCCAGAUCGAAAUGGCCCUGCGCGGUGUAACCCAAGGCACUGGCGCUGGCACUGGCACAGUCGGCACUCAAACGCCCACCACCAGCGCACCAACCGCCCCUGCGCAACCUGCCCCCGUUACUCAAGGUCCUGUGCGCAUCGCAAGCAACCUCGCCCAGCUCGAGCAUCACCUAGCUGCCGCCGCCGACUCAUGCGCCGUCAUCUUCUUCACCUCGGCCACCUGUCCGCCCUGCAAAAUGGUCUACCCGACGUACGACGAACUCGCCGAGGAAGCAGGCGCCAAAGCCACCCUCAUCAAAGUCGACAUCAGUACUGCCAUGGACGUCAGCAUGAAAUACAGCGUCCGAGCAACCCCAACCUUCAUGACCUUCCUGAAGGGCCAGAAGCUCGAUGAAUGGUCCGGCGCCAACCCAGCCCAAUUACGAGGCAACGUCCGUCUCCUUCUGGAAAUGGCCCAUCCUCCCCAUCGUCACCAGCAACUCCGUCUCCCAAGCCUCCAACGCCCCAUCUCCAACUAUGUCACCUACAAGAAAGUACCCCCUCUUGACAAGCUCGUCCAGAAACUCAGCCCUCACCACGAAGACCCCCGCCUCCUCUCCAUGAUCACCUACCUGAAAUACCGCACCUCCUCUUCCACCCCAGCAGCAGACACCCCCUUACCCCAAGACCUCCCAACCUUCGCCACCUACCUACAAAGCACCUACGGCACUCUAGCCCUAGACCACCUAUUCGCUCUCGUCGACCUCACCCGCCUGCUCUUCCUCGACCCCCGCGUAUCCAGCUACUUCGCCGAAGAGCCCGACCACAAGACCCUCCUCACCCUCUUAUCCCCAUCUGCUGGCCUCUCCAAAUGCCCCUACAACCUCCGCAUCGUCAUGCUCCAACUCUGCUGCACCCUCUUCUCCACCCCUCUUUACCGCGACCAACUCACUACCUCCUCCUCUUCUCUCCUCCCAACCCUCCUCCACCUCACCACCUCCUCCCUCCUCGACUCCCACACUAACCUCCGCGUGGUCGCCGCCUCCCUCGCCUACAACCUCGCCGCGCUUAACCAUAACGCCCGCUUCGCCGGCCACGCCGACCCCCUGUCCGAGGAAUCCCAAGUCGAGCUGACUGCGUCGCUCGUGGAAGCCAUCACCCAGGAAGAAGAGAGCCAGGAGGCUCUCCACGGGCUUCUCUUCGCUCUUGGACUGCUCGUCUACGAAGCUAGUCCGGACAGCGCGGUCGUGGAUCUCUGCAAUGCUAUGGGGAUUGCGGAGACGGUAGUCGCGAAGAAGAAUGUGUCGGGUGUAGCGAAGGAGCCGUUGAUCAAGGAGGUGGGAGAGGAGUUGUUGAUGAGGGGGUUGUAGAAUACCUACCGCGUAACUAAUCCUCAGCUUUGAUUAUUUCUAUACAUGGGCUUUAGAUGGGUUAGUUGGAUAAUCACUUAAUAG